CUCGGCCCGGGAGCGUUUAAGUUGAUAUUUCUUACUUUUACAAUUUUUUGUUUGUCUUUUAUAUAAAUAUAAACUAUGAAAAAAAUAAUUUUUUGUUGCUUGAUGUUUUUUAUUUGUUUUUCAUCUUAUGUUUUUGGGAAGCCAGUGAAGUCCAGGGUAGCAGAAAAGCUUGGAGAUGGUUGUGCUUGUGAAAAUUUCACUUGCAGUUGUUGUGCGAAUCUUGUAGUACCUCAAAUUUGGUUGAAUGACUCCAUAUGCCUUAUCUUAGGUUAUGAACCAAAAACAUAUGGGAUAUCUUUCAUUCUUACUAUAGAUGAUAAAGCUUUGAUUAAUGAAACUAUAUCAGCGACCAAUCCUCCUCCUAUAUGCUUCGCAGUUCCUUUUAUUAAAGACUUGGUAGAUGGCUGUGUUCAUUUCUCUGAUUUGGCUGUCUCAAAUAAAAAAAUUCAUGGUUGUGCUCAGUUAGAAUUAAGAAUGUGGUGGGUCUACGUAGUUGCAGAAUAUAAUCUUGGAUGUUUUGAUGCAAACAAUAUUAGUAAGCAUCAUGCUAAAAUUUUGAAAUUGUUUUCAAAGUCUAAAAGUCUGAACACUACUGAGAAAGCUAAUGUCAUCUCACCUAUGUCCAUCCAACCCAAAACCAUACAAUAAACUUAUAUUGUAAAUUUAAUAAUUGAAUUAUUCUUUUGCAAUAUGCAAAAUUUUGAGAAAUUUAAUUUAACAUUAUUGUAUUCAAUUAUAAUAUAAAUCAAUUAAUUGUAAUUUCAACUUUUGUUUUCCUCAGUUUGAGAAAAAAAAUGGUUGAAUAUAUUUAAAAUUUCAUAAAUUUAGUUAUUAAACAUAUCCCAAUAAUC